UACCAAGGAAACACAAAUACGAAAUCGAGACAAUGAUCAAAAACGACAAGCUGAAUGUGAUAUGUUCGAGGUUUCCCGAAUAUUUCCGGAGCCCAAACUCAACGAUUCCUGUGGAGAAUCUGGAUAAAGUGACUGAUUUAUAUUGCAAUAUGUCAAACGCAUCCCUCCGGGCCAUCAUGCGGACUUUCGUUAUGAACCGGAGAUUUUAUAUCGCUGAAUAUAUUAACCAACAAUCCAGUUCGCAGAGUGCUCAGGACGCAAAUGGCGGCAAAGCGACGGCUCCUGCAGCCGAAAUGGAAAGAAGUUUGGCGCCUGGUUUGACCGAGACAAACGAGAGCAGUCCGGAUUCUGAAGAAUCAGUAAUUUCGCUGUCUAGAUCGGAGGAGACAAACGAGAGCAGUCCGGAUUCUGAAGAAUCAGUGAUUCCGCCGCCAUCUUCCUCUAUAACCGGAAUUGAAAAUUGUACGAGGAAUCAAAGGUUUCGUGAAAUCAAUCACGCGAAACCGAAGGGUGGAAAAGAUGUUUUCCAAGAAAAUUACAUGCUGCUGCAUUUAACCCAAAAUACACUGAACUCCUCAAGGCUAUCAAUGCUGACGAACGGUGUUAUGCAGCCAUUUGUGAAGCGGGACGAUUUGAAAAGCCCCAAAAAGUCAGUCUGGAACUGAUAAAGCCGAUUGUUGCAGCAGUUUGGACAGAUGGCCAUAAAAUGUUAAAAUAUCUCAGUGUCCAAAGAUUUUUAAUGGAUCACAGUGAAGAAAACUAUAGAAAUC